ACGACAUCGUCUCGCGGCGAGUGCAACUUCGACGAUGGGAUAUGGCACGAUAGUGAUGGGACCGGCCGGCGCUGGCAAGACGACCUUCUGCGCCGCGCUAAUCUCUCACCUCAAGAACAAUCGUCGCUCAUGCUUUUACAUCAAUCUCGACCCGGCCGCCGAAGAGUUCCAAUACGAACCCGAUCUCGAUAUCAAAGACCUCAUUACCCUCGAAGAUGUCAUGGACGAACUGCAUCUGGGACCUAACGGCGGACUGAUCUACUGCUUCGAAUUCCUGAUGGAGAAUCUCGACUUCAUCACGGAGCCCCUCGAAAGCGUGACCGAAGAGUACCUCAUCAUCAUCGACAUGCCUGGCCAAAUCGAGCUCUACACCCACGUUCCUAUCAUUCCGCAACUGCUGAAGCAAUUGACUCGCGGGAGUCUGAACAUCAACAUGUGCGCGGCGUAUCUGCUGGAAAGCUCAUUCAUCAUUGACCGAGCAAAGUUCUUCUCUGGUACGCUGAGCGCCAUGAGUGCGAUGAUCAUGAUGGAACUCCCGCACGUCAACAUUCUCAGCAAAAUGGACCAGGUCAAAGGACAAAUCGCACGAAAAGAGCUGAAGCGCUUCAUCGAUCCGGAUACAAGCUUGCUGCAAGACGCCCCGGAGAGCGGACUCGUGUAUGAGUACAAAGAGGGUGUGGACAAUGGCGAGAGGGAAGAUGAGGAUGCGCAGGCGCUGAUGAGUGGUGCUUCGUUCGGACGACUCAAUCGUGCUGUAGGCCAGCUGAUCGACGACUUCAGCCUGGUAUCGUUUCUGAAAUUGGAUGCGCAGGAUGAGGAUAGCGUAGGUGCUAUCCUGAGCUACAUUGACGAUGCGAUUCAAUUCCAUGAGGCACAAGAGCCAAGGGAGCCACAUGACGAGAUGGAUGCGGACGAAGACAUGGGUUGA